AACCAUCAAACUAAAAUGGAGAAAUAGAGAGAGGAUUAUUGUCCGGAAUAGCGAGGCGGUUACUUCGGUUUUAGUAGAGCAUUCAAUUCUGGUAGUGCGCGAGCAAUCAAGGUCACAACCCUUUGGCCUCUGUGCCUCACUCAGUCAGUCCACCCACAAUUGUUCUUUUCCCCUUUAUCAAAUCCAAAGAGAAGAAGAAGAAAAAGCGGUAAAAUGGCCGCCGCCGCCGCCGCAAGAGCAUCGGGUUUGAUGGUGUCACGGCCGGUGACCUUUGUGACGGGCAACGCCAAGAAGCUCGAGGAAGUCCGAGCCAUAUUGGGAAACUCCAUUCCUUUUCAGUCCCUCAAGCUUGAUUUGCCAGAAUUGCAAGGCGAGCCUGAAGAUAUCUCCAAAGAGAAGGCUCGCUUGGCUGCCAUUGAGGUGAAUGGGCCGGUGCUGGUGGAAGACACUUGCCUCUGUUUCAAUGCUCUAAAGGGUCUACCUGGUGUGUCAACUUUCAUGACUCUAGAGGUUUCGACUUUGGAGUUGAGUGAUUCUUUCUCCCUUAUCCUUUUUGAUCCUUCAAAUUGCUGUUCCAACAAGUGGUUCCUGCAGAAGAUUGGCCAUGAAGGUCUGAACAAUCUGUUGAUGGCGUAUGAUGAUAAAUCAGCUGAUGCUUUGUGUGCAUUUUCUUUUGCUCUUGGGCCCAAUGCUGAACCAAUUACAUUCCUGGGGAAAACUCCGGGGAAGAUAGUUCCUCCAAGGGGACCUAAUGAUUUUGGAUGGGAUCCUAUUUUUCAACCUGAUGGCUAUGAGCAAACAUAUGCAGAGAUGCCAAAGGAAGAAAAGAAUAAGAUUUCUCACCGCUCAAGGGCCCUUGCUCUGGUGAAAUCUCAUUUUGCAGAAGCUGGAUACACUUUCCAGAAAGACUCCUCUGUCUGAGGGAGGCACAGUUUUUUCUUGUUGCCAUUGCAUGAUGGAUUUUUUUACAACUGCAAGCGAUUCAUCUCAGCAUUAGUGCUUUUAUCCUAAAUGUUCUAGAAUUAAGUGACCCAAAAAAAAACUACAUGAGAAUAAAUUAGAGCUUGCAGCUGUCAUGGCUUCAAGAUUGUUUGACAAGGUUAAGUAGAUAAGGGAAGUGCUUAUAAAGGUCGACAAAGAGAAUUAAGACUAUUGCUUAGAGGGAUGUAGAGAGGUUUGCAACGUUUGAGUUAUUGACAAGUGCUAAUUUAGGGUGUUAAGCUUAUGGGAUUAAGAAACAUGCAAAAUGGUAAAAACAGAAGUAUAAAAUCACUUUAGUAGCACAAGGCCCUUUGGGGUGGUCAAACCACCGCCCGCAGAGGCCAGUGGCCAGGGACAAAAUUACUAUUUAUGGUUUGCCUGUAUUUUUUAUAAGAGAGAUGUUAUUUUUUCCUUUUUAA